CAGUUGUUUGAGCAGCCCCGAAGCGAGCGGUGCGAGAGCUGCUCUUCCGUGAAUCAAGAUUUCUAAAGAAUCCAAUUCGAGCCGUCCCAAUCCGAUACGAUCCCAUCGAUCGCGAGUGUAGCACGUAAUUGGAGCAAGCGGAUUGCCCGUUAAUUGCUGGCGACGGUAAUUGCAGGCCGCCGCAUACCUGCCAACUAGUUAAGGUGUUCCCCCGUCCUGUUAAUGUGUCAAUUGAUUGAUUGCCUCGCGACCCGUGAUUGACGCGUUCCACUCACCAUCACCGCCGCCAUGCCCGCCAAGAAGCGCUGGUGGAAGAUCCGCCUGCCGCAGGUGGUCAAGCAGGAUCAGUCCCGGAACUACCGGGACAUCAUCAACCUCAGCGAGUGCUCCUCGGUGCUGGCCAAUACAGCUACCACCAUAAGCGACAGCUCCACCACCACCGAGAGCAGUGGCAGCCCAACUCGGCACCGCAGCUGCGACAGUUUGUCCAAGAGCUCGCAGGCGGAGGUGGGCAAGCUGUUCCCCCGAAAUAUGCCCAGUAUACGGCGAAGUCGCCGGAGGGCUGUUUCGGCGGAGCGGGAGCGUUUGGCCAGCCGGGAGCGGCUGGAGGAUCAGGUUCAGCCCCCUAAAAUGCCACAAAUAAGUGCCGGGCAACAAUCCCGGCUAUCGACAGUGACCAAACUUACACCCAAAAAGCAGAGUGGCAAGUCCACCUGCUCCAAGAAUAGGGGUAACACCCCCGCGAAGUGCAUCAUCAAGUCAGCAGUGCGAACGAAAACCAAGCCAAAGCCCAGGAUCACCCUGGCACCCUAUGAAAUAGCAUUGGAACUGCCCAAUGAAUCACCAGCUCCCACUUUGGCCAUGGCAGUGGCCCAGUCCUCCGGCUGCGAGCAGAGGAAGCUAAGCAGCGAAGAGCAGUUCCACUCCUCGGGCAUCUCCUGCAACGGGGAGACCGACGACGAUGUGGAGGUGGCCAUGCUGACCGGCAGUCUGACUCCCUCCCAGAUGGCCAAGAUGCAGGAGGCUGCUAGGCAGCAGAAGGAUCAGCUGGCAGCCGUGUCCCUGCCCUUUGGCGAUCUGAGGAACCUGAAUCAGUGUCGGAAUAGGAACGCCGUCUGGCUGAAUCCCAAGGAUACGGAUCAGCUAAUCGAGGUGGACAAGAAGGAGAGCUUCUGCUACUUCAACAAGGCCAUUGCCGACGAUAUCCAGCUCAGCGAUAUUGAAGAACAAUUGGCCAGGUUUGAUGGACAUUCAAAGAGGCCGCCACCGCCGGCAGCGACAUCAGCCAAAAUCACCCAGUCCAGCCAAGUCAGCCGAAAAUUCAAGCCCACGCCCGCACCACGUUCCACCGGCAACAUGCAACCGACCCCGCAGCAGCAGCAACAUCAUCCGCCCAGCAGCAGCUAUUACACGCAGACGGAGAGCGAGUUGCUGCAGAUUGAGGCGGGCGGAACGGGCCUGGCCUAUGCCUCACACUCACAACGCCCCGAGUCAGCGGUCAGCGCCCUGCAGCCGACUUCGCUGGGCAGUCAGGUGGCUUCCACAUCCAAUCUGGACGUGCCCUCUGCUGCCUCCAGCGGAAGCGGUGGCAGUGGGGGCAGCGGUGGAGCCCUGGGGUCAGCUGGUCACUUUGUGUCGCCGCUGCAGCGCCGCCACUGCCAACCACCCAGCCACCUGCCGCUCAACUCGGUCGCCUCGCCGCUCCGCACCGCCAGCUACAAGUCUGCGGCGGCAGUCGCAGGUCACGGCUUCCACCACAGCCAUCACCAGCAGCUUGACUUCCAGCGGAACUCGCAGUCUGACGACGACAGUGGCUGCGCCCUCGAGGAGUACACUUGGGUGCCGCCGGGUCUGCGACCAGAUCAGGUCCGCUUGUACUUCAGCCAACUGCCAGACGACAAAGUGCCCUACGUCAACAGUCCCGGCGAAAAGUAUCGUGUCAAGCAGUUGCUGCACCAGCUGCCGCCACAAGAUAACGAAGUGCGCUACUGCCACUCGCUGAGCGACGAGGAGCGCAAGGAGCUGCGAAUCUUCUCGGCCCAAAGGAAGAGGGAGGCCCUUGGCAGAGGGGCGGUCCGCCUGCUGUCCGACGAGCGACCCUGCAAGGGGUGCGAGGAGACUUUGUCGGGCGGUGACAUCGUGGUUUUCGCCCAGCGCUUGGGCGCCCAGUUGUGCUGGCAUCCGGGCUGCUUUGUGUGCAGCGUCUGCAAGGAGCUGCUGGUGGACCUCAUCUACUUCCAGCGGGACGGGAACCUCUACUGUGGUCGGCACCACGCCGAAACCCAGAAGCCACGCUGCUCCGCCUGCGAUGAGAUAAUCUUCUCAGACGAGUGCACGGAAGCGGAGGGUAGGACGUGGCACAUGAAGCACUUCGCCUGCCAGGAGUGCGAGCACCAGCUGGGCGGUCAGCGGUACAUCAUGCGCGAGGGCAAGCCGUACUGUCUGGCCUGCUUCGACACGAUGUUCGCCGAGUACUGCGACUACUGUGGGGAAGUGAUCGGCGUGGACCAGGGCCAGAUGAGCCAUGACGGCCAGCACUGGCAUGCGACGGAUCAGUGCUUCAGCUGCUGCACCUGCCGCUGCUCGCUGCUGGGAAGACCCUUCCUGCCCAGGAGAGGCACCAUCUACUGCUCUAUUGCCUGCAGCAAGGGUGAGCCCCCCACGCCCUCGGACACGAGUUCGGGUCCCCAGCUAAGGCCCACGCAUCGGGCUUCCACCUCUAGCCAAAUAGCUAGAUCCCCGCGAAGAGGAGGUGAUCGGGAGCGGGAUUCGGGACGAAAGACCCACCAUGGUCAUCCAAAGGCAACGGGCAGCGCCGGUGAUCUCCUUGAGCGCCAGGAGCGGCAGCGAAUGGAGGCCGCUGGUGUGGCGGAUCUUCUGCUCGGAGGAGGUGUUCCCGGUAUGCCACGCCCUGCUCAUCCACCGCCCAUCGACCUCACAGAACUGGGCAUCAGCCUGGACAACAUCUGCUCCGGCGACAAGUCCAUCUUCGGAGACACCCAGACCCUGACGAAUUCCAUGCCAGACAUGCUGCUUUCGAAGGCUGACGACUCCCACAGCUACCAGAGCAUCGACAAGAUCAACCUGAACUCGCCAAGCAACUCGGAUCUGACGCAGAGCACCCAGGAACUGGCCCACGAACUGGAGCUGGACAACGAGCCGGUGAGGGAGCUGCCCCACGAUGGCUACGAGCAACUCUUCACCAACAAUCGCAACCAGGAGCACCCGGGCGAUCUGGAGAUGGACGAGGAGCAGCUGGACAACCGGCCGCUGAAGGAGGUGCGCUUCCACAGCGUCCAGGACACGAUGUCGCGCUCUAAGAGCUACACGGACAACUCCAAUGCCCGACGUCGGAGGAGGCGUCGCAACCAGUCGCGCAGCUCCUCCGAGAUGCAGAUCAACCAGACAAAUCUCCGCCUGCACAAUGCCCAAACGCAGGUGGGGACGGGCCAACUGAACCUGCUGAACAACCUGGACAACUGUGACGUGGCCAGCAUCUGCUCCACUUGCUCAUCCAGCUCUUCGAGCGACAUGGAUGACUACGUGUACCGCCUGCCGGCGCGAAAACAUUACGGCGGAGUGAGAGUGGCCUAUGUGCCCAACGACGCGCUGGCCUACGAACGCAAGAAGAAGCUGGCCCAGGACUCGUCCCUCGUUCCUGGAGGAGGUAGUACAGCGUUGGGCGGAGCACCGGCGAUCAUGCACGAGAGCAAGAACUGCACGAUUUCCUGACCGCCCCCCAUGCUGCCGCCUCCGCCCUUCAACCUGAGCAGCUACUACAUCCUGGACACGAUCCUCGAGGAGCAGAGUCUGAUGCUGCCGGAGAAGAAGCCCGGCUGCCUGAGAAGAGUAUGGAACUUCUUUGGGCUGGGCAAGCCCCGCCACUCCAGUUCCCAGCACACCAGCAACGGGAGGCUCUACAGCGUCUAAGCUAGGAGUGGGUGAAAGUGAAAGAGAGUGGUUCUAACCAUGGUUGUCUUGAAUCUCUGUGGUAAUCAGCAGGAAAGAUAUAGAUGGAGAAGGCAACCGUGGAUGUAAAUAACAUAUCGAGAUGUAUAAUACACCGAGCUAGAAGGCACAUAUGAGAUCAGAGAUGAGAGAAAUCGUUGUACAAAGCUAAAACUAUAUCAUAUUUGCAUAUUCAUAUACAGAUUACCAUAAACUAAGUUAGUCUAGAGUUAGAUGUAAGCAGAACAGAGACAAACGAAAAGUAGAGACCACAAAGAUCGCAA